CACACUCUCAUAGAAAGCAUGGAUGUCAAUAGAGAAUAAAACUGUACAGUGGAUGUAUCCGUGUUUAAAUGGGGUGGGUUAUUCUGUGUGGCUUGUAAACUGGCUCUUAAACAUAAUCAAAAGGGGUACCUAUCCUGCUGUAAAUGGUGUCGUCAUGUUUUUGAGCAAAUCUGUAGACCUCUGAGCUGUUAGUUGGAAAGGAUAGUUCAUUUAGACCCAGAACUUCAUAGCUGUUGGCUUAAAAUUCAUGUAUUGGUUUCUUUCAACGUUCCUCCUCUUCUUCCAGUGAAGAUCAUUACAGGCUUUUGUUGUAGCAACAUGCUUUCUUUUCCUCACUUACCUGGCUUGCUUUUCUAAUUCGUGCUCAAUAACUUAUUCAAUGUUCAUUCAUAUUUUCAUCAUUCAGUACUUUAGAAGCUUUACUGAAAACCUACUGUGUGUCCAGCAUAGGAUUAUGAACCAAGAUUAAAUAAUUAAAUGUUUAUUCUUGUUUUCAGUAUCAUUCUUUUCUAAAUUUUGUCAUGGAAGAAUCAAUUUUUUAUGUGGGUCAUAUUGUUCUUCUCUUAGAACAAGAGAGACACUAUCCUGUAAUAUUUGGGGGGUAAAAUUGUGCUUACAGUAAUGAAAAUAAGUUUGCAAGUGUUUUCCUAACAAUGAGCAUUACGCUUUACCCAUCUCUUUGAUGUUCUCGCAUGUGAUGAAGAGAAUGAGCCUAGAGUGAUUGAUUACCAGUGAAAGGAAGAAAAUGCAAGGAGAAAACCUCACCAUCUGGAGCUUUUUUUCCUUGAAGGGUUUUUCUAGAUACCCGAAGUUAGAGGUGGUUCUCUUCAUCUUCAGCCUUGUAAUGUAUCUGAUCACCCUCUUGGGCAACAGCACUCUCAUUUUAAUCACUAUUCUAGAUUCCCGCCUUCAAACCCCCAUGUACUUUUUCCUCGGAAAUCUCUCUUUCAUGGAUAUCUGUUACACAUCUGCCUUUAUUCCCACUUUGCUGGUGAACUUGCUCUCAUCCCAGAAAACCAUCACCUUUUCUGGGUGUGCUAUGCAGAUGUACCUGUCCCUUGCCAUGGGCUCCACGGAGUGUGUGCUCCUGGCUGUGAUGGCGUAUGACCGUUACGUGGCCAUCUGCAACCCGCUGAGAUACCCCGUGGUCGUGAACAGGCAGGUCUGUGUGCAGAUGGCCGCCGUCUCCUGGGUGACGGGCUGCCUGACCGCCCUGCUGGAAACCAGCCUUGCUCUGCGGCUCCCCCUCUGUGGGAAUCUCAUCGACCACUUCGCGUGUGAGAUCCUGGCAGUGCUGAAGUUGGCCUGCGCAAGUUCACUGCUCAUGGACGUGACCCUGCUGGUGGUCAGUGUGCUCCUCCUGCCCGUUCCGAUGCUCUUCAUUUGCAUCUCUUACGUCUUCAUCCUGUCCACUGUCCUGAGAAUCAGCUCCGCAGAGGGAAGGAGCAAAGCUUUUUCUACCUGUGGUGCCCACUUGACUGUGGUGGUCUUGUAUUACGGGGCUGCCCUCUCCGUGUACCUGAAGCCUUCUUCGUCGACCUCCCAGGAAGUAGAUACAGUCAUCUCUUUGCUUUAUGGUGUGCUUACCCCUAUGUUGAACCCCAUAAUUUACAGUUUAAGAAACAAGGAAGUCAAAGACGCUAUUAGAAAACUGCUGGGCAAAGUAUCAUUGCAUCGAACACGUGAAAGUCUCUGACUGGGUGCCUGGGGUGUACAAGGGUGCGCCCCUGGCAGAACCCACCAGGGAAAUUCAA